GGCGCGUUUGGGGGCGGCAGAGAGGGAGCCCCGGCGGGCGAGGGGGCGGUGACAGCCUCUUGGAAAGGAGGCUGCACGCCGAUUUGCAUGAGAGACAGACUAGGAUCCGGGCGGGAGCCUGAGCGCAUACACCGAGGCCUGGAGGGGUGGGGGCUAAAGAAAUCUGGGAGCCCAGAGGAGGGGAGGCCGCGAAGGCGGAGGGAUCUGCGCAUCAAAGAGAGCGAGUAAAGCAAAGUUUGAUUCGUGGGCUGGACUUUUCUUCCCAGAGGCGGCACCCAAACAGUACACCGUGCGGAAACGCAAACUUUUUUCUUCUCUUGCUGCUGCUGCAGUUGUCGCUGCUCCUGCUGCUGCUUUCGUGGCCCUUCCACACCCCCACUGCCUUGGACUUUCGUCUCCCUUCGUCCCUCCUUCCCUUUUCCCCUUGAGUGCACAAGGAGGAGGAGGAGGAAGAGGAGGAGGGCGGUGGAGCUCAGGCCACCAGCGGGCCCCGAGGUUUGCAACGCUGAGGUCCGGGAGUAAAGUUCGCCGGGACUCAAGCGAAGUUUGGCCGGCCGCGGCCGGGAGCUCCCGGGAUCCCCGUCUUUUCUGUGUGCCUGCUUUCCUCCCCCUUCGGGGGGAGCCCCCCUCUCCCACCUCCACCAUGUCUUCUAUCCUGCCCUUCACCCCCCCGAUCGUGAAGCGCCUGCUGGGCUGGAAGAAAGGCGAGCAGAACGGGCAGGAGGAGAAGUGGUGCGAGAAGGCGGUCAAAAGCCUGGUCAAGAAGCUUAAGAAGACCGGGCAGUUGGAUGAGCUGGAGAAGGCGAUCACCACGCAGAACAUCAACACCAAAUGCAUCACUAUCCCCAGAUCUUUGGAUGGUCGGCUGCAAGUAUCUCACCGGAAAGGACUGCCCCAUGUGAUCUACUGCCGCCUCUGGAGAUGGCCAGACCUUCACAGCCACCAUGAGCUCCGGGCCAUGGAGAUGUGUGAAUUUGCCUUCAACAUGAAGAAGGAUGAAGUCUGUGUGAAUCCCUAUCAUUACCAGAGAGUAGAAACCCCAGUUCUACCUCCUGUGUUGGUCCCAAGACACACAGAGAUCCCAGCCGAGUUCCCUCCAUUAGAUGACUACAGCCAUUCCAUUCCGGAGAAUACUAACUUCCCUGCAGGGAUCGAACCUCAAAGCAAUUACAUUCCAGAAACCCCACCCCCUGGUUACCUGAGCGAGGAUGGAGAAACCAGUGAUCAUCAGAUGAACCACAGCAUGGAUGCAGGGUCUCCAAACUUAUCUCCAAAUCCUAUGUCCCCCGCACACAAUAAUUUGGAUCUGCAGCCCGUUACUUACUGCGAGCCAGCCUUCUGGUGUUCCAUCUCCUACUAUGAGCUGAACCAGAGGGUGGGAGAAACUUUCCAUGCCUCUCAGCCUUCCAUGACAGUGGAUGGCUUCACUGACCCAUCCAACUCGGAGCGCUUCUGCCUGGGUUUAUUGUCCAAUGUGAACAGGAAUGCCGCCGUGGAGCUCACUAGACGGCACAUUGGGAGAGGAGUACGUCUCUAUUACAUUGGAGGGGAGGUCUUUGCAGAAUGCCUCAGCGAUAGUGCCAUUUUUGUCCAGUCCCCUAACUGUAAUCAGCGCUAUGGCUGGCACCCAGCAACCGUCUGCAAGAUUCCACCAGGAUGUAACCUGAAGAUAUUCAACAACCAGGAGUUUGCAGCCCUGUUGGCUCAGUCUGUCAACCAGGGCUUCGAGGCUGUUUACCAGCUGACUCGGAUGUGUACGAUUCGCAUGAGCUUUGUCAAAGGCUGGGGAGCAGAAUACAGGAGACAGACUGUGACCAGCACCCCCUGUUGGAUUGAAUUGCAUCUGAAUGGUCCUCUCCAGUGGCUGGAUAAGGUCCUCACCCAGAUGGGCUCUCCUAGCAUCCGAUGCUCUAGUGUAUCUUAGAGACAUCCAGAAGGAACGGGAAUGGGGAGGGGAGAGGUGCUGGUGGUGGUGGUGGUGCUGGUGGUGGUGGGAGGGGUGGUGAGGGAGGUGGGAAAAUCCAAGACUCAUAAAAAAUGGGAAGCCUGUUUAACUGACAACUAUCAAAAACUUUUCUCCUCAACCAAAGUGAUACUGACCCACUUUUUAAAAUGGCAGCAAGAUCCAGAGGUAGAUUUUGAAAAGAACCAUGCAACUGGGCCACUUCUGCAGAUCAAGGUUAGGAAUUAGGCUCAUAGCAUGGGGUGCCACAGAAUCAAGUCAAAGAACAUGUUCAUCAUACUGGUAAAAACAGACCUUGGUUCAUUGUCUUGAAGCUGGAAGGUGGUGCUUUGCAGUCCCCAUUGGCCCCUUUUUCUCUUCCUUUCCCUCCCCCUCCCCAUCGCCCUUCUUCAGGGAUAGUUUUUUUUUGGGGGGGGGAGAUCAUAGAAAUGCCCAUCUUUAAGUGGCAUGACUAGGAGGAGCCCCUGGGUUUACAAUGGAAAUGGGAACUGUGUCCUUCGGCUUUCCCAACCCCACCCUCCAGGCAGUUUGGCAAGAAGGGACAAUUGAGCCAAUCAUUGCCGAGACCCAUCUCUUCAGCAUGCUGAACUGUGGACAGACCAGACCACUUCUGAUGGCUUCCCUGUCCCCUCUGCACACUGGGUGAAAGGAGCCGAGUGUGAGCAGUAGAAACAAUGGGACAUACACAAGGGGGACAGCGGGGAAAGUUGCUGAGAACCACUUCCCUCUUGCAAGACUCGCCUACACUUGUUUUUUUUUACUUUAAAAAGUUGGAAAGACCGGUCUAGGUUCUGUGCAUAUGCGAUGUAUAGUUCAUAUUAUCACAUUAAUCUCAAAGAGAUUUGAAUUUACCUUAGCUAUUUACAUGAAGCAAAGGACGUAUGUCAUGAGUUUUUAUUGUCGCAGUAGUUGUUUUUGGCUAGAACAGCACUACACUGAGUGGGUUUCCAGUCAUUUCAGGAGCUCACUCCAUAUUCUGAUGGAUUUGGCCAUUGCUAUUUAAUGUAGUCAGUUGCAUUAAUUAAAUUAACAUUUUUCUGUAUCUUCUUUUAAAUGUUUAUUUUAUUUCUCAAAAUCUCCUCAGUUAAAAUGUUGACAGGAAAGUCCCUGAGAGAGGGAGGAGCUGCAAACUUUUUGCAGCCAUUACCUUGUUGGAGGUGACAUUUUCCCAAGCUGUGUUUGGGAGAUGCUAACCCACCCCUUUUGAAGCUAAUUCAUGGCUGUGAAUUGACCAGACAUCUCAGAGCAUCUCGGCUCUAGCACGGGCAUAGAGAAAGGACUACUUGGAAAUAUGACACCUCAGAAAUACCAGGCUCAGCAUCCUGGGGUCUGUUGUCUUUUCCCCAGUGCUGUGAGAUUCUCUAGCUAAUAUCUUUGGAUGAUCAACAGCAACACUAACAGUGAUAGUGUGGAACAAGCACUCUUGCUGGUGGUGGCCUCGCUGAAUAAACUAUUAUAAGUAAAUGCUUUCAACUGGAAAAAAGGAAUCCCUUUUCCCUCUCUCAGUGAUCUUCUAUAGCAUACAGGAGACUGAACUGACACCUGCGAUCCAUACUUUAUUCUUUGCUGCCUGAUUAUUGUCAUCUUAAAGCCUCAUCCAGGAUUUUUACAUGGAUUUGAAUUGGGGGGAAAAAGGAUUUCCUAUGGAAAUCCUUCAUUAUUUAGGUUGGUAUGGGUGUGUGGGUGAGGAAAUCUCUACUUCUGCCAAGCAAAAACCUCAAAUGUGCCAUUUCUUGAUGUUGGGAGUCCAGGGUUCUUUGGGAACAUAGUUCUAACAGUGGAUGAGUUCCCAGCUCCAUGCACAAGCUCCUUAGACCCUAGAGGGGUUUGGGAGGAUUGACCAUGAAGGAGCUUUUUAACAUGAUCGGUGCCUGUCAUCUUGAAGAGGUUCUUCUAUAUUGGUAUCCAGAGCAGAUAUAAUCCAGUGGCUUCAUUGGAGAGAACUAGGCACUACAGAGUAUCAGGGUUCCUGCCUAACCAAGAAAUGAGAGCCAGCUUUCUGAAUAAUGCAGGAAGCCACUUGAGUAUCUAUGUUUGUGCUUCUUAUUUGUGACAUGAGAUGAGUGGUACGGAUGUCUCAUUUUCUAGUAGGGCUUCAGUAAUGCCUUUCAAAAGUCAUAUGUAGUUCCUUAUCCCUGGCAUUCUUCAGCUGCUAUUCUGUCCUGGCUGGGAAAUGCCUAAAUUCAUUUGUUGUUCUACAUCAUAUCCACACAGCUAUCCUCUACCUUCUCAGUUUGUGUGUGCCCUUAGGCAUGGCUCAAUUAUGAAAAGUGUCCAAACUAAUUUGGGGAUAUAUUUGAAGGAUGUAGUAGAACCUUAGGGCAAUGGGAUAAUUAGAUUAAUUUCAACCCAAUUGGCAACUCCUUCUGAAUAGUACAAAUCUUCAGUUUUUUGGUAAAAGAGUUUCCCCAAGUUAUUUUGCCCCUUCUUAAAAUUAGACUACGGAGGGAAAACUUGGGCAUCAUCUCUAAAAUCAAUUAAACUACUAAAAGAUAGGUUGGGAAACAGUAUCAUUAGAAUUAAUUAAGGGUGUCCGGGGGACUCUAACACUUGUAUCCUUAUUUCAUCUUCUUUAGUUGACAAAAACCAUUUUCCCUGUUUGACUAUCCGAUGUGUGAAUAACCUUUGCACAUUUUGGAUUUUUUUUUUUUUUAAAGAACAACUGAUAGGGCUGAGGAAAGUGUACAGUUUAGGGACUGUUAACAGUUGGAAAUAUGGUAUUGUAGUUUUAUGUGGAUUUUGUACAGGUAACAUUUUAAAAGAUGGCAUUCCCCUAUUAUAUUCUCAGUUGUGCAGUAUGUCUUCAUUCUGCAGUUUAUUUUGACACUAAUGAGGAGGCAGUGGACCAUAGACUGUUGUAGUCAGUAUCUCCAAAGAGUUUAUUUUUUUCCACCCAUUGCUUUCUUCCCAUAUCUUGUAACAUGUAAGAUACACGUAGCACACACAUGUAGGUAGAUGGCCCUGCCUGUUUUGGAUUACGGGCCUGUAUUAGAUGAUCAUCUCAAUUGGCUGUCCUCUUAGCAGGCAUUGUAGGAGAGCAGACUUUUUUUUUGCUAUAGCUCUCUAGUCAGUGACAGGUAUUUUGAGCCUCCUUAUAUUAGGAGUUAUUGCACAUGAGGGCAGGGCUGCUGGCAGACUUUACAGUUGUCCUUGUGUGUUUACUGUUUGUUUUUUGAGUUUUAAAAACUAUUGUUGAUGAAUUGUAGUGUGUAUUGUUAAUCAUGCCGCUGUACCCCACCUGAGUUUUCUAGUGUUUGGCUAUUUUCUAGUCCCACGUACAUUUACUUUGUGCCCUAUGAUUUCCUUCUUCCUCCCAAUAAUGUGCGUGUUAUUCUACUAAGGAUGCCAACGUCUGACUUCAUUCUUCGCUUUGGCAGUAUGAGGGAAUAUUUAUGAGGAUCUCUGGAUCAUUGUCUUUUCAGGGCUAUCAUCUGUAAUAGGCCAGUCUAUUUUCUCCUAACAGUUCCUAAAGGGGUAUAUGCUUUUCCCCCAUGAAUAAGAUGGCUGAAAGAUCAAAGGAAUUGAGACAUAUGAGAAGGAACCCCCCAAAAUGAGCAAGGAGCUGUUACAACAUCCAGAGGCAGUAUAUAUUUUGACUCUAGUUCCCUUGUAAAAAUGGUUCCAGAGUCGCAAUUUGGCUUCAAAAUGAAUUUGGGUAUAAGAAAAGCAUCAAAAUAUGGAUAUGUUCCCAGCUUAGUAAAGGAAAAUUCAGUACAGCAAAUUGAGAAGGCAAAUUUGCCAUAUGAUUUCUCAUCUGUACGAUUAAGUUGGACUCAGUGGCCACUCAAGUCCUGUGAAGCUCAGAAGUCUGUGAUCCUAUGAAAAGUUUUAAGGAUCUUAACUACUUGUUCUGGAGGGAAGGGGCCAGGAAAUCUGCUAGGGGACUCCAGCCAAUUACAGAACAAUCUAGAUAAGUAUCACCGAACUGAGAAUGAAAUCAGUGGGGAAAAUGUGUUGCUGAAAAGUUGUCUGGGAAUCAGAACAGGUAAAGAUAGACCUGUCAUGAUCUAAACUGGAUUGCAAAAUUCUCAGUGAUUAGUAAUUAAGUUUUCUUUUUGUAUGAUAAAGUGAAGUGUACUCUAGCAUAUCAGUAUUUUCAUAUUUAUGUAGUAACUUCUUAGAAAAUUCAGACAGAUCAUAACUAUUUAAUUUCUGGAGAGAAUUGAAAAGGCCUCUCCUAUCAAGGAUAGUAGUAAAUGGUUGUGAAAAUCUGGGUGUACAGACAGCCCUGAACCUUGCUCCAUGGUCCAGCAGUUUUAUACUAGGUGCCUCCAAAAGCCUUCUCCAUAGGCUUGGCUACUGACAGCUGGAAACCAGAGUGGGCAGGAGUUUGGCUCAAGUAUAGGACCAUGGUCAUUGUUCUAGAUGGGUUCCUCUGCACUGAGCCUUCUGGGAGGAAGGAGACUCAAAGUGUCCCAGUGAUUUGUGCCACCUUCAUGUUGAAGGGCUAUUAGAAGCCUUUUAUCAGUGUGUGGUUGGAAAUGGCCAACAUGACCGGUCUUCACCCAUCUUCACUGUCACAUCCAAGUUGUGAUUGACUUUUGUGGGGGUGGGGAGGCAUGGUUGUGUGUGUUUAUUACCAUUGCUUCUCAACCAAGCCUGGCCUUUUAAUAGCUAUAUAAGAGCAUGUAUGUACUUAGUGGUUUAGAGAUUUUUCCUAACUUUUUUAUUCUUAUGAAGAGCACCUGCUUGUUAAGCAUAGUACCUCUGUUGUUAAAGAACUGUAUGCCUUCUCCCUCCCUCUAUGAUAUGAAACUGUUAAAUGUCAUUCUAAUAAACUGUUAAUCAAAAAAAAAA